AUGGUCAAAAAGACCUCAUCAAGAGCCUAAACUGGUGCAGCUGUCACUGGCUAUGUCCAUAAUGAUGAUUACCUAGAUGAGAUUAUCGGGGAUGAAAGUAUAAAAGAACCCAGAAAGACUAAGGUAGUCAAAAAGACUAACUCUGACUCAGAAGACGAGUCAAUUUUCUUGGUGGAGAAGAUCCUUCAAAAGAAGAAAGAGGGAAAGAAAGUGUAUUAUCUGGUGAAAUGGGAAGGAUAUGGUGAUGACUAGAAUACCUGGGAACCAGUUUGCAAUCUUAAAAAUGUUAAGAAUUUGGUGCAUGAAUUCGAGCGCUAGUAUGAAAUGAUGAACAAUAAUAACUUAGGUGGGAGCACUUGCAUUUCAUCCAAUCUCAAUGCAUAGUCUACUCUGUCUAUUGGGAGUUAGACAGAGUAAAGUAAACUGCCUUCUCAGAUACAAGCAUCUAGUAUGUAGUCAAGUCUCGCAUCAUUAAGUAAUUAAGCUAAAAUUUAGUCAUCUAAUCUUGGUUUGAGUCUGAACUCGAAAGUCAUUAAAAAGUAGAUGAAGAUUAAUGAUCCGAAUAACCCAACCGGAACAUCGAAUGUCACCUAAAAAUGUUCUAUUAAAAAGAAUGUGAUAAAAAGAGGUCGUCCUAAAAAUAUAGUGGCCUCUUAAAUUCAGGCCUCAGUUUCAUCCUAAUAAUAAACAAUGUAAAUUGACUAACAAAAUCAAAAUUUUACAAAGCCAGAUGAAAUCGACAAGGAGAUGCAAGAAUAUCUAUUGAAAAUACAGUAGGAAAAAGAACUGCUUUUACAAAGACAACUCAAGAUAUAAUAAGAGGAACUUUAGAUGGUCUAGUAAUUUAAAAAGAAGCAAGAGGAGGAAAGAGAGAAAUAGCGUUUACUAUAGUAGUAAAAAGAAGAGGAAGAGAGGAAAAAUGCGAUUUAAUAAUAGCAGUUAUUACUUUAACAGUAGUAAGAAGAAUUAAAAGCUUAGUAACUUGCUCAAUAAUAAGAACUUAUUCAAUAGUAAUAGUAGCAGCUACUAUAGCAAUAAAAAAACUAGCAAUUGCAAUAAUAAUAAUAGUCAAAUUAAAUAUAAUAGAUACAGAUUCAAUAGUAAUAGUAGUAAAAAGAAACCCAACACCAGUCAUCAAUUUAGAAAAAGUCUGUGAAAUAGCUUUUUUCAUAGAGAAAAAAUGUCAGAAAUGAAAUUAGCAAUUCGGCAUUUGAGUAAGAAAUACAAAAUAACUAGUAAAAUUUGCAAACCCCUUAAUAAAGCAAAGUUGUCGAAAAUUCAGUGUAAAACCCAUCAAAGAAAUUACUAAAAAAGCGUCCUGCUAAGAAAAUAGGUACUUCAUUAUCAGCCAUGCUACCCACAAUUCAAUAGUAAGAUUUUAUAACUACCAGUCUUACCCAAUAGUAAAUAUAACAUCAGUAGUAAUAUUAGUAGCAAUAAUAAAAUAUACCAUAGCAUUCAGAUUAUGUAAUGAAUCAUGGUAAAGAUUUCUAUGAGGUUAAUGGAAGCUUUGAAACAGACAUACCUGAAAAAGUAAUUGGAGGUAAAAUGUCAUCGAAUAAUAUCUAAGUCACUAUUGAAUGGAAAGUGAGGAGUGAUGGCUAUAAGCCAAUGGAAACAAUCUAUACUAAUAAAGAGUUAAGAAAUAAAUACCCAGAACUGCUAAUAGAUUUCUAUGAGAGUAGGAUAAAUGCUAAGCAUCGGAUUUCUGUGCAUCAAAACCCUCUGCAACUCUCAGAACAUUGUAGUAAUCCUCAGCCAAGCAGCAGCAACAGUAACAGUGGUAAUCCACAAUGA